AUGGCUGCGGAGUCCGAGAGGCCGCCUUACCUUAAUGGCGCCUCUGCGCGACCCAGGCUGGCCAUGUAUGCAGCGACUUCCGAUCCUGUGCAUCGGACGGUCAGCGAGGGCGAUGCUGCGGAGAAGCCGCAUCCGACCGUUAAAUCACAAACCCAGGCCAUGGGCCAGGUCCCAAAGCUCCUUCCGACCUCUUCGACUAAUACCUCCGGCUCCGCUUCCACAACUACCUCCGCCGUCUCUUCUCGUGAAUCCUCCCCAGUCCGAAUUUCUUCAAGGGCGGCCAAUCCCUCUUCCGCUAGCCUAGGGCCUUCUCGAUCUUCCAAAAGCAGCCCGACCCGAUCGUCCUCCAACGGCCAGUCCUCGCCAACUCCUUUACCCUCCUCCGCGUUGCCCGUUCCCCGUACGCAUCCUAUCGACACACAAAUCCCACCUCCCGCCCCCGAGCCCCCAGUCAAUGUCCUCAGCCCGGAAAAGUCCAACAUGCCAGUAUGGGCGGGGAAUCGCCGUACAGAUCAAGCGUCUACACCACCGAAUACCUCCCAUAAACGAUCCCAGCUGCCUUCAGAAGAUAAUGGAAAGACGGACAGAAAUUCACCACGCACGGUCACGAGGGGCGUCAGUGGACAGGGUCCUUCCCUGGAGACAGUCCAGGAGAUGACCAGUAAUCCGUCUACUCCGUCGACUGAGACCCCUACUAAGCCGAGCACCCCGGACGACUCACGGUUGCACACGAUUGAUGAGGACCCGACACCUCGGGCCUCAAAACAAAGUACAGAGAGUGGGAGUGACAGCGGUGGCAACCGCAGCUCCAAGGAAGACAAACCCAAUGCCGCCGGUGCAGGCAAACCCUCUGGGACCAUCAUGCCAAAGCGAUCAAUGACCUCGUUGAGCGGCGCUCGUGCAAAACCCAGUGAAGGCUCGGUGCGUAACAUGAUUGUGGAGACCGAGACCGUCAGCUCGAUACCUCAAGUCUCCUUGGGAGUUGGGUCUGGCGAUCGAGGCAACGCCGGUCGCGCCGAUCAAGGUACUUUGCGCAUGAAGCCUUCAACGGAGACCAUUCGGCCCCGCAAAGAGAAGAAAAAAACCCGCCGUCCCAAUGCCCUGAACACAGGCCCUGCCUCGACGAAAGCAGAUAUCUUCGAGGCCAAGGUUGCAAGUGCUGUGGAUGAGGCCGACGUCUCCGACUCUGAUGAGACAUUCGUUUAUGAAUCUAAUCCACCCGACCCAUAUCCUCCUCGGCAACCCCGAUACCACUCCCGAACUCCAAGUGCCACCUCCAUGGCGAGCCAAGUGGACCAGCUGGCUGGUCGUGCCCGUGGAGGUCUUCGGGAUGGCGCCCACAGCGUCACCGGCAAGCGCAGCAUGAAGUUCACGAAUAGCGAAUUUGGGACUCGCGGAUAUGCCCCCAGUAUGGAUGGCGAGUCUGCAGACGCAGAAGGAACCCGCAAUGGUGCCGCUAACCCCGGCAGUGGAACGAUCACCCCUCGACACCAGCACAUUGGGCGCCAUGGACGUGGCGGUAUAUUACACGCUGGGCUCUUUGACAAUGAGCAGCCCUAUCCGCCACAAAGCGGGAUGAAGUCACCGCGGCAUUUCCUUGGUCAUGUCAACCGACAUUCGCGAAAUGGAAACCCUCGCUCAUCGCCCAAUUAUAAGAGCAUUGGCAACCAGAAGGGGGGCGAAUCUUUUGAUUUCGAUGCUGAGGGAGCGGAUGAUGAACGCACCCCAUUGGUGGGCGCGCGGCAUUUGAACCGCCGAACUGGUCGACGCCCAGGCAGCGCCAGCUUGCGCCAGCUCGAAUAUAUGGAACGCCAACGCGGAUUCUUGCCUCGUUAUGGGUCAUGUGUUGUGGUCCUGCUGCUUCUUCUCAUCAUUACUGGUGGUGCCGUCUCGUUCGUUAUCGCCGCGACUAAGACUCUUGUGGACGUCCAGGUCCUUGCUAUUCAGAACGUGCUCGCAUCUGAGCAGGAAAUAAUGUUGGAUCUCAACGUGCGAGCUGUGAAUCCGAAUAUCUUCCCUGUGACCAUUGAUGACACUGAUAUCGACAUAUUCGCCAAGAGCCGGUAUGUUGGAACGGACAAAUUCUGGCGCGAGCACGGGCAAGACGAACUUGAUCAGUUCCCGCGGGUUGAGCAAAGGCGGAAACGCUGGCAGUUGGCUCAGAUCGUUCGGUGCUUGGGUAAUAUGGAAUGCGUCGAAUCCACCAGGUCUAGUGUUUCUGCAUCGAAGAAGGCUAAAGACAAAGACGGUGUCGAUCACGGCACCGAUCCUAUUCCCGAUCCCGAAGGAGAUCCGCGGUCCAUGCUGCUCGGCAGAGUAUUCCACUUUGACUCGCCGCUUUCGUUCGAGGCGUCUCCGUGGGGAAAGCAUCACUCUACUUCCAAGGGACAAAUUCGACUUCCCCGUCCUGGCAACAGAACCGAAGAAGGUGGCACUGAACGCUGGGAACAAGUUCUCGAACAUCCAUUUGAGUUGAUCGUCCGAGGUGUUAUCAAGUACCAGUUACCCCUCAGCUCGCACUACUACUCUGCGUCCAUCAGCUCGAGCGUGAAGAUCGUUCCCGAUGAGGAGAUCCAUAAUCCCGCUAAGCUCCAAACUCUAUCAAGCAAUGAAACGGCCCGAAUCUCCUUCGCCAGGAGAACCACUUCCGAUCUCCGCCUGGCGGACACCAAUACCCCCGAGCAUCGAUCGGGACUCUCUCAACGACAGUUUACGGCCUGA